AUGUAUCUUUCCAUAUUCGUUGCUACCAACGCGUUGUUGGCGUCGGCCAUCGCGGCUCAUCUUCUCACAGAUAUUAAUCAAAUCCAGAAGUACUGGGGAGAAAUAACUCCUUAUUCUGAUAACGAAGAAAAUUAUUUCGGUGUAGAUUAUGUUGGACUCCCGGAGGGUUGUCAAGUUGAAUCGGUGCAAGUACUCCAAAGACAUGCGCAACGUUUUCAGACCACAUCAGAGGAUGAUGGCGUAAACGAUCAGCGAUUUGCUGAGAAGGUCACAAAUUUCACCUCGACGUCCUUCAAUGCAACCUUCACCGGUCCUCUUGCUUUCCUAAACACUUAUGAUUACGCAAUGUUCGAAAAUGGUCUCCUGACUGGAAUGGGUGCAAUUACAGAAUUCACAUCCGGUGUAUCUUUCUGGAAUCGUUACGGUCGAACAUUAUACAAUGCUUCAGUCGGGCAACUUGCCUAUGAUCCUUUAUACCCCAAUGGAACCGCGCGCCCAAAAAUUACUCUCCGCACCACCUCACAGUCGAGAAUCGAGAACAGCCAAAUUAACUGGGCACUAGGAUUCUUCGGUCCCAGUUAUGCCACUGUACCAGAUCCUACCUUCGAAAACGUGACCGCAGGAUUUAAUGUAGUGAUUAUCCCUGAAGGGGGUACCGAGAAUAAUACUUUAGCAUCAUAUGACAGCUGUUUCAAUGAUUAUGCCGAUGGAAUCUGGGACAUUGGAGAUUUGGAUCUUUUCACCUAUCUUCCUAAAUACUUGGCCAGUGCCACGAAGAGGUUACAGAAAUAUUCGCCUUCCGGUUUUGAAUUAAUGUACAACGACACCUAUGCUAUGCAAAGUAUUUGCGCAUAUGAACAUGCGUAUAUUGGCAUGAGUGACUUCUGCGGGCUAUUCACUGAAGAUGAAUGGGCUGGAUUCGAAAAUACAUUAGACAUGAUAUACUGGUACGACUACUCGUAUGGGAACCCCACAGGACGCGCCCAAGGACUCGGAUAUGUCCAAGAGCUCGUCGCCCGCCUCCAACACCAAUACAUCACCUCAUCCAAUUCAUCCGUGAACUACACCCUUGACAACAACCCAAUUACCUUCCCAUUGGACCAAAAAUUCUACGCCGAUUUCUCCCACGACGAUAUUAUCGUAUCGGCUUUGACAGCAAUGAGCAUGGAUUACUUCCGGGACGCUCCAAGCCUAACGCAAUACCCACCCAAUCCAAACCGAAAAUUCAUUCUCUCCCACAUAACUCCCUUUGCCGCUCGUCUCAUGACCGAAACCAUAGGAUGUAGCUCCGCCAAUUCCACGGCGGAAAGAACCUCAAAAGUUCAAUAUACACCCACACAAUAUGGAUAUGAUCCCGCAAAUGCCACGAACAAAUUUGUCAGAAUGAGACUAAACCAUGGUAUACUUCCUCUAGAUACGAUUCGAGGCGGUGCGUGUAAGGGCAGAGUAGAUGGAUUGUGUGAGAUGGGAAAGUUCCUGGAAAGUCAGAGUAAUGCGACGGCGUUGGCUAAUUAUGAUUAUGUUUGUUUUGGAAAUUGGACUAUUGCGAAUGUUACGAGUGGGAAGGAUUACGAUGGUACCUUGUUCGCUUGA